GCACUCUUCAUCCAUCUCGAGCCAGCUACUAGCUAGCCAUGGCAUCUUCCAAGAGUAGUCUUGCAAUGUUUGCACUGGCCAUAGUCAUGGCCGUGGUGGCUGACGUCUCGGCGCAGAACACCCCGCAGGACUUCGUCAACCUGCACAACCGCGCCCGCGCCGUGGACGGCGUCGGCCCCGUGGCAUGGGACAACAACGUGGCCAGGUUUGCGCAGGACUGGGCGGCGCAGCGCGCCGGCGAUUGCCGGCUGCAGCACUCCGGCGGGCCGUUCGGCGAGAACAUCUUCUGGGGUUCCGGGCAGUCGUGGACGGCCGCCGACGCGGUGAAGCUGUGGGUGGACGAGAAGCAGAACUACCAUCUUGACAGCAACACCUGCGACGCCGGCAAGGUGUGCGGGCACUACACGCAGGUGGUGUGGCGCAAGUCGACCCGCAUCGGCUGCGCGCGCGUGGUCUGCACGGGGAACCGGGGCGUCUUCAUCACCUGCAACUACAAUCCCCCGGGCAACUUCAACGGCGAGCGCCCGUUCGCGUUCCUCACCCUUGACGCCGAAGCCUACGGGUGCCAGCGCUGCAAAAAUGCAAAGAAUUUGAAGAUUAAGUCAGAUGUCCUCCUAAAAAAGACACGCUCAAUCACCAUCUUAUUGUGUGCACUCCACAAAAUCCAUGCUAACGGUGCAAACACCAGCCAGAAGAGGUGCCUCAUACUGCCACCUGGUAGGCACAGGUCUGAAGGAACCCGGCAAGGUCCAGGGCCUCAUGGACAAAACUCCAAAGAACUCUAG